AUGCGGGAACUGGAUGCAAGGGCUCAAGAUGCUGUAUCGAAUAUUGAGGAACAGACUUCAAAGUUUAUGGAAGACUUGCGAACAUUGACGCCAGAGGAGCGAGUUGCGCUGCUGCAAAAUAUAGCAAAGUCGUUCAAGGACACGUUGAAGCAUGGGGAAGAUAAGGUUGCUCUGGCGGUUCAGACGUAUGACAUGGUGGAUCGACAUAUUAGAAGACUGGACGAUGAUUUAAACAAGUUUGAGGAGGAGCAAAUGACAGGACCUGGUCUUAUAAGAAGUUCAAACACGUAUGGAUCAGAAUCAAUGAAAGGAAGACUUGACAAGAGCGCUUUGGCUGGCCGAGGCGAGAAAAGGGCAGAAGCAUCUUCUAUGGAAACUCCAAAGAAGUAUAAAAAGAACAAAACAAUUGAUGAACGUGAGAAGGCGAGGGAUGCAUUGGAAACUCCCAAGAGGACUCAAACCAUAAAGACCGCUACGAGCUCGACCCGAAGAGUUACCCAACAUCAUGCAAAAAAGGAGAGGAAAGGCAGCAGCGAAAUAAAGCAAACAAAGGACAAGACAAAUGUGCUUGAUAUGCCGAUUGAUCCAAAUGAGCCUACUGCCCUAUCGAAUGGUUCCAUUACGCUUGCGUUGGACUAUCGGCCCCUCCCAAGGGCAAAUGGUAUUGUCCAGAGUGCGGAGGUGACCAUUCAAAGAAGUGACCCAUUAGGACUGUUUUCGGUGGGCUGGAAAACUCGGGGGUGA